AUGAAGCCCGAAACGGAAGACAGCCAGCCCUUUCUAGGCUUCCGAGAUGACCCCACGAAGAGAAGUUCCGCGGAAGACGAGGAGAGCGGGGGGAACGAGAACGCCAUCCUGCACCAGCAGCACGCGCUGAAGACGUCGCGCACGCGGAGGUAUCUACGGGACUUCCUCGUCUUCCUGGCGACGUCGCUGGUCUGGGUUUUGGCGUUCUCGUUCCUGCCUGGACCCCAGGCCCCGACAGACUCGCCGAGUCCCGCCAUGCCGACGCCGCCGCCGUCGAUGUCCUCGCCCUCGAAGGGUCUCCCGUCGCCGCUCCCGCAGGUGGGACAGGACGGCAAGGCGGGCAGCACCGUACCGGGACCGGACUUCAUUGCGCUGACGCACAAUGUGACUUCUGGCGCGCAGUUGGUCAGCUGUGGAAACUCGACGCAGGAGGCGAAGAAGAAUGGGUGCUGGUACGAUACGCUGCUGAAUCACUGGGUGCCGGCGCCGUGCUAUGAUCGGGAGUUUGAGCAAGAGUACAUGGACGACGAUACAUGGCAUGCGUAUGCUGACGUCAACCUCACGCAACGCCUGACCCGCGAAGAGAUGGGCGACCACGAUUCGUACUACACCUCGAUCGAGGACCACGUCAACCACUGCUCGAUGCUGUGGAAGAAGCAGUUCUGGACACUGUUCGAGGAGAGGAGGACCUUCGAUGCUGUCAUCGUCAACAAUUAUCACACGGAACACUGCGCGGACUUCCUGAAGGAUAUCUACGGAUCGAACCGAACUGAGCCGACGUUCGUCAAGGUCGCGUACUCUGCGUGUUGGGUGAGGCCAGGGGAGGGCAAGCACAUGAACUGA